CCACUCAGCAGGAUGGGUGAUGCUGAACGCUCCCUCAUUAGACAACAGACACGAGAGGUCAGGAAGAAAGCGCUUAUAAAUUACCGUUUCCUCCCUGGCAGCCCGCUUAGUCGCCUUGCCGCUCUCUCCGGGACACGUAGGACAGACCCACGGACAGUUGAGAAACUGGACAGCCACCUGGCCAGGGACGAGCCGCUGCUGCAGGAAGAGAAAAUCCAUUCUGGAGAGACUCUUCUUCAUUGCCUCACCCUAUGGAGGAACCAGCACUGCCCAUCCACAUUGAGGAGGGGACAUACGUUCCGACUGAAAAAAAUAUGGCAACAAAGGAGAAGCUGCAGUGUUUGAAAGAUUUCCAUAAGGAUAUCCUCAAGCCUUCCCCUGGCAAAAGCCCUGGGACACGGCCUGAGGAUGAGGCAGAGGGGAAACCACCACAGCGUGAGAAGUGGGCAAGCAAGAUUGACUUUCUGUUGUCCGUUGCUGGAGGAUUUAUCGGUUUAGGCAAUGUUUGGCGAUUUCCGUAUCUCUGCUAUAAAAAUGGUGGAGGUGCAUUUCUCAUACCUUAUUUCAUUUUUCUUUUCGGGGGAGGUCUUCCUGUGUUUUUUCUGGAGGUGGCACUAGGACAGUAUACCUCCGAAGGAGGAAUUACAUGCUGGGAAAAGAUCUGCCCUAUUUUCACCGGAAUAGGUUAUGCUUCCAUAGUGAUUGUGUCGCUUUUGAAUGUGUAUUACAUCGUCAUCCUGGCUUGGGGACUGUACUAUCUGUUCCAGUCUUUUACGAGUGUCCUGCCCUGGUCCCACUGUCACCACAAGUGGAACUCCGAUUCCUGUGUGGAAGACACUCUCAGGAAGAACAAAACACUCUGGUUGUCUAUGAAUGUCACCAACUUCACAUCUCCUGUCACAGAGUUUUGGGAGCAGAAUGUACUGAGCUUGUCUCCAGGAAUUGAUAAUGUUGGUGUUGUCAAGUGGGACCUGGCUCUGUGUCUCCUCCUCAUCUGGGUGAUAUGUUUCUUCUGCAUUUGGAAAGGUGUCAAGUCCACUGGGAAAGUUGUAUAUGUAACAGCAACAUUCCCAUUCAUCAUGCUUUUUGUACUGUUAAUCCGUGGUGUUACCUUACCUGGAGCUGCAGAAGGCAUCAAGUUUUAUCUUUAUCCUGACAUGACUCGGUUAGCUGAUCCUCAGGUCUGGAUAGAUGCCGGGACACAAAUAUUCUUCUCCUAUGCAAUCUGCUUAGGUGCAAUGACUUCCCUGGGGAGCUACAAUAAAUACAAAUACAACUGCUACAGGGACUGUAUGCUGCUGGGAUGCCUGAACAGUGGUACCAGUUUUGUGUCUGGCUUCGCAAUUUUUUCCGUCCUGGGCUUCAUGGCACAAGAGCAAGGGGUGGACAUUGCUGAGGUGGCAGAGUCAGGUCCAGGACUGGCCUUUAUUGCCUACCCAAAAGCUGUGAGCAUGAUGCCACUACCAACUUUUUGGGCUAUUCUCUUUUUUAUUAUGCUUCUGUUGCUUGGCCUGGAUAGCCAGUUUGUUGAAGUUGAAGGACAGAUCACGUCAUUAGUUGAUCUGUACCCAUCCUUCCUAAGGAAGGGUUACCGACGGGAAAUCUUCAUCGCUAUAGUGUGCUUCCUCAGCUAUCUUUUGGGACUAACUAUGGUGACUGAAGGUGGCAUGUAUGUGUUUCAACUCUUUGACUACUAUGCAGCUAGUGGUGUAUGCCUCUUGUGGGUUGCAUUCUUUGAAUGCAUUGCUGUAGCCUGGGUUUAUGGCGCUGAUAAUAUUUACGAUGCCAUCGAAGAUAUGAUUGGUUAUAGGCCUGGUCCAUGGAUGAAAUGGAGCUGGAUGAUAAUUACACCAGUUCUCUGCAUGGGAUGCUUUAUCUUUUCUUUGGCCAAGUAUACACCGUUGACCUACAACAAGGUGUACAUAUACCCUGACUGGGCAAUUGGCCUGGGCUGGGGUCUUGCCCUCUCUUCUAUGAUCUGCAUCCCACUAGUUAUGGUCAUCCGUAUAAUACGAUCGGAUGGGUCUCUCAUUGAGAGGGUGAAAGCCGUAGCUGCCCCACGCGAAGUGAACCGGUGGGCCAGGGAAUCUGAAAGUGCUGUCCCAUUCUACCCUGCUGGAAUGGCCAACGGGGGACUGAUCAAACCGACUCAUAUCAUCGUGGAGACUAUGAUGUGAGCUCUCUCUAUGAGAGGAAGACACCUGCUUUAAAACUGCCGUUUACUAACCAUAGAAUCUCUCAUAGGACCAGGUUUACAGAGCUUUAUAUUUGCACUAGGUUUAUUUUUAUUUCUCACAGAGAAAGUUAUUUUAUGUGUGUUUUGGUUUUUAUUUUUUAAUAUUUUGUAAAGUAAAUCACAGCAGAUGUCUCUCAUUCUAUUUAGAGGCAGAAUGUUCAUAUCAAAUUAGGCACAUUACAGGAUACUAUUUCUUUUUUUUUUCCAUAUAACAUAUCUAACUCCUAUUCAUCAUGAUUUCUUACCACUUGUGUUGAUUUACUUGCAAGCAAUACACUCACUCACAAACACAGAGGUAGAAAAUAUACAUCUACAAAUCUCAGAUUUCUUUAGGUGCUGGUAUGGUUGGGAACAGGGUAAAAUCUAAAUUUAUUUUUUAAAAGCAUCUCUCAUUGAAAGGAUUUGCUUUUUAAAAAUACAGAUAGCAUGCAUAUGUUAUUUUAAGAAACUGGUAUUCAAAGGUGUAGCAUUAUCUUCCUCUGACUCAAGUGGGGAGAGUUACAACAGGAAAAAGGGUACAUGCUUUUAGGCUUGCUGUGGUCCAUGUUAGGCUAUUUGUGUCUGUGUGUGUACAGUUGGAAAAGCUGCAAUAUUAGGGUGUAAGGUGGGAGCAGUUAGGAACCAAGGGAACAAUCCAAGUGACAGCCAUUUCUGAGUACAGUGCAUGUACAAGGGUAAGCAGCAGAAUUAUUCAUGCUUUGGAGGCAUUUUUUGCCAGAUACUUCCCUUUCUGGGCAACUUUUUAGAUCACAGGAGUCCUUUCCCAAGUCAGCCACGUAGCUAAUAAUCUAACCCUGAAAAGGUUUAUAUGCAUCAGGCUCUAAGAAACUCAGUCAUACAACUGAGUUGCUUCACAAAAUAAUGGAAGACAAGCAUUUCUCUGAAAAGUGCAUGUUACAUUUUUAGACAGGGGCGUGACUUGACAGAUAACAGAUAAUGACAUGUAGAAAGUGACCCACUUUUCAUAGGCUCCCUGCUGUACUCAAGAUAAACUGAUAUUAACUUGAAUUUUUAGAAUGCUAGAUCAGUGUCAAAGAGCACAUACCAAUGCUGAAUUUACAAAGAAAUGCUGCAAAAGUGCUGUGCGAUCCCAGAAGUUGCUUAAAAAAAUCAAUUUGCCAAAAUUUGUUGUUACCAGGAAAUGCAAAGGAUUGUUGGGUACUGUGAUGAUCCCAACCAGGCCAGGGUCCUAAUUUCACAAUGAGAAUGCCGCUGGAACCACUGCAGGUGAAGUUUUUAGAGCGAGGCACAUUCAGAAGAAGAGAGAUGAUAGUGGCUCUUAAACCGUGAUCUUUAGAAGAGGAAGCACAAGGAGAUGGACUGAGCCACAGAGAGAUUUUAGUUUGGACACGGUGUGAAAGUACUUGAACAAGGUUUCUGUAGGUAAAUUAGAUAUUAAGAACUUUCCCACUUAAUUUCAAAAUAAGGAUUUGCUUCUAGUCAACUCACCUCAGAUUUUGCCAAACCCUCCCCCCCCCCCCCCCCGUUUUCAAUUAUCCUCUGCAUUCUGAGCUGGAUAAACUUUCUAAUCCCUUCUAUAUGGGCAUUGUUCUUGGGAGGUAUCUCCUUCUGAGUGAGUAUUGGUACUAAAUAUAAUAUUGGAAGUAUUAGAGGCCAGAAAUAGCAGCAAAGUUUUCACCUAUAUGUAUAAUUUAUUGCCAGUUUAAUCUGUCGUUGACAGAUACUGUAGUGUAAACUGGAGCCUAGCCAGUAUUUAAACAUUCCUUAAUGCGUGUUUUUUUUAAAUCCCCAGCACAUUGGCUAUGCAUUUGCUUAUUAAAUCAUGUCAGUUUUUAAAAAAUAAAAUGGAAGGGGAUGAAUUCAAAACAAGGACCAAAGCACAGCAGUUUCAACAGACUUGUAUAGUGGAUGUUUCUAUAGUUGGAGACUGCUAUUUAUUGCACGCUUUCAGUAACACGUGUAGCUGAGAUCAGGGUGCCUUUGCUUUCCAGUUACCAUUUUACUAUGAGAUCCGUAAAUCAAACACUGCCAGCAUAUCUGAGGAACAUGCAGUGUCCUCAGCAGCCCCCAGCCCAGUAGAAAUUGCUAUCUAUCUUCCUGCUAAAAAGUCAGUAUGUUAACCAGGAAAAGUAAGGCAGCUGAGAAUAAGUGAUUGUUUCUCUUAAUUUCUACAAGGGCACUGAGGAACAUGUAGUCCAACACCAAAGCAAGGCUGCAAUUUCAUUCAGUGAAAUUUAGGUCACAUGCGUAAUCUUUUGUUCAUGUGAUUAUGGAAUAAGAGCUUAAUAGGGAUUUUAAAAAAUCUGAGCACAAUCAUAAUACCCUUGACUUACCUGGUGCAUGUUGCAAAAGUUUGUUAACAAUAAUGAAAUGAGUUCAGAAUUUUGAAAGCAAUUAGUAAGCCAGGUAUUCAUCUAUGUCAACCAGGAUAUGCUUUGAGCAGACUUUAGUAGAAGAGGGAUUUCUAGAACAAACCAGAGAAUAUCAGCACUGCACCACCUGUAGAGUUCCAACUAAGGCAGAGGAGAACCCAGUCCCAUUUUUAUAAACUGUGCCAUUAGAAUCAUUUGCUUCCUUGUUGAGCAUGAAGAGGUUAAUUAUGCAUGUACACAGUGACCUUAAAAGGUACUCUGGCUAUUUAGAUUUGACUGCAAAAACUAAGUCUGGAUUUAGGGAAAGACACCAUAAAUUACCAUGUAACACAAUCAGAUUCUGUCCCAGUUUACUUUUUUAAGGAGCACAUUUUCACAUCAUAAUUUCUGGAUAAUAGAAUGUGGUAAAUCUGAAUGUCAAUAACAGAUUCUGCCAAAUUAAAGAGGAAGGGGUGGGGGUGGUAGGGGAAUAUUGUAAACAACUGUUUGUAUUUUCUACUUAUUUAUGAUUGCAAAAAAAUGAUUUUUUUUCUAAUUUACUUUGUAGAACUUUGUGACUUAUUUUAGCUGUCAUUUCUAACAGAAGUUAAAUAUUCAGUAUUGUAACAGUUGGUGAACCGGUUUGGAUACUGGGGGUAUGGGUGGGAAUGUGGAAUUAGCUUGAAUGUGUAUUCAAGGAAACACUUUCAUUUUCCAAAAAAGAAGAUGAGGGGAGCACCUUUAAUGCUUUGUGGGUUCCUUCGCUGGUUUGAGCGAAAUCCUGAACUAGUAAGGUACACAGGCCGAUAUCUACUUAAAACCGUUGGGGUGUACACUUAUUUGCAAACACGUUGCAGGAGCUUUUGGAAACAUGCGGAAACAUGCAUUUUGCUCCUAAAAAAAUCUUCCAAACUGUCAACAUUCACUCAUAAUCUAAUUGGACAGUAUCUGUUACUUAUUUUAUGAGCAAUAGUGCAUAUUUGAGUACCCAUACAAAGUAAACAUGCUGAGUUUAUGCCUGUUAUUUAUCUUGCCCAUUUGUAUUUGGAUUCUUGGUCCAGUUCAACCCACAAGGCAGAAUAAGAAUUGGAGUACACAUGUUGUGAGUACUGGCUGAAAACUUGAAUGUUUGCUACCAGAUCUGCAAUAGCUGCAACACUUACAAAGCAGCCCUGGUGGGGGUGGGGGUGAUAGAAGAGAAGUGGCUGGAGGACGGUGGAGCACCAGUACUUCUGGCAGAAGGAAACCACGAAUAAGCAAAAUGAUGAGCACAGCAUUGCCUAUAAAUAAUGGAAGCAACAGUCUUCUUAAAGAGUAAUAUUUACUUUCUACAGUUUGAUCCUACCGAUAAUUACCUGAAAGAAAAUUGCAUUGAAUUUGGUGGUUAAUGUUUCUCGGUAAAUGUGCAUGAAUCUAACUGCUCUGAAGCAUCCAUCUAAAGAAAUAACAAAUAUUUCUGCCUUCUUUACCUUCAGGUCAAUCAUCCAAAGGAUACUGAGCAUAAGUAUAACUUGCUUUGACUUCAAGUUGAAAACAUUUAGUUAACAAUCUCCUUCUCUUUACCGACUUCUGUUGGUAAAAUCUUGUGGUUGCUACAAGCUAAAAACCUAAUACAAAUCAAAAGUGAUUUCUAUGUGCAUGUAGGCUGACAAAACUGCACAGAACAGAUCAAAUAUGAUUUUAAGAACCAUAGCGCUCCCACAGAGAGUGGAAUUGCAAUCUGGGAUUGAAUAACUUUUAAAAACAGUAAUCAACUCCAGAAUCAAACUAGAUUUUUUUUGCUAUAGGAGAGAGUAUAAAAGAAAACACUUCCCCCUUUUUAUACAUACUGAAACUGAACCGCCUUGCCUUGCCUGACUUUUUCAAGAAAUGUUUUUGACAAUAAAAAAAAUCAGGGUAGUAGUGAAGAUAAGAAACAAAUUGAUGCCACCUAUGUGGACUGAAGGCAAGUGGGAUCCAAAUCCUUCCUGGAUUUCACGAGCAGUGCUACUUUGCCAUCAAAUAAAUGGCCCGAAUGUUCAACCACAAUAUCUGAAAACUCCCCUCUCUAGUCAGAGCUGAUAACCUCACUUGCACCACACUAGCAUACUUUGCUAACAACAAAAAGGAGUCUUAAAGUUUAGCAGAUUUAACAUGCCCAUAAGAUUUUUCAGGCUAGAGACCAAUUCAUAUGAAUAUAUAAAUACCUCCUUAUUGGUAGAUAUAAAAUCCAAAAGGGAGGAACUUGACCAAAAAAAAGUCUUUUUGCACUUUAAAAAACUAACAGAUUUAUUGUGGCAUAGGCUUCUGUGGGCUACAGUGUGAUCAGACUUGAGGGUAUUUCACCUGUCUCUGUCUACUUCCACUUGAAAAGCAACCACAGACAGCCUAGGACGCAUUUCAGUCAAACCAAAGCAGUUUGAUUUAAGCCAAUUCUUAUUAAUUCCAAACAUACACACCAGUCAGUAUUUUGUGUAAGACCAAGACCAGUAAAGACAGCCCUUUUUCUUAAGGGCCAAUCCUAGACAGUCUGUCGAGAUAGGAGGAAUAAACCUGCAAGUAACUAAAACUGAAAAAGCAAACCCUCCCCCAAAAAGUUGCAGAAAAAAUCUAUUCUUCAAAACAAUUAUACAUAAACUUAAAUAGUAAUGGCACAAAUGACUAAACCGCUUAAUUCCAAAAUGUCUCAGAAACACAGGCUUAGAUCCACUGGACAAUUUCAUGGAUGGAGAGAUUUCUACCCAUAUAGCCUGACUUUCUCUCCUCUCCCCUAAUGGCAGCCAAAAUGCUGCUCCAAAAUACUGCAUUUUGAGGGGCAUUUUGGGCUGCAGCAGGAGUGGGGUGGUAAAGUCAUGUUCUACAGGCAGAAAAUCCUCUGUGCAGAAAUGCUUUGUGGGGGGGGGGAGUCCACGCCACAGAUCUGCAGCCUUGACCCUAAACAUGAUUACUUGAUACACCAACUUCAAUGUAACAUUCUUUCCAAUAGGUAGGUUUAAGACUGCAGCCUUACUCUGAUUUGCUUUAAUUCAAAGUUCUGUUUAAAAUCUAUCAGAAUAGGGGGGUGGUCCUACUGUUAAGUAGGACCUGAUAAGUUAAUUUAAAAGCUUUUUAUGGAGAAGCUGCCUGCCUGAUUGGUUCCCAAAUGGCCAACUAAUGAUCAGGUGCAGGAAAGCAGUGCAGAAGCUGACAUUUCAGCGCUGACUCUGUCAGUGUGUUUGUGUAACCUGUUUUAAGUAAGACAAAUGUUGGAGGGUAAGAGAAAAAAUUGGCAAGCUGAAAUUGUGCACCAGUGUCUCCACCUCCAUCUGUCCCCAGGUGGUCAGUAUAGUGCUCUGAUAUCUUCACUAUUGUUAAUAGAAUGUUGUUGCUGCUGAAUUAUGCUGUUGUAAUUUUGAAAGGAAUGCACCUCACGGGGCUUCACGGUUAUAAUAUAGUACAGACAACCUCUUUAUUCUGCUGAAAAUAUUGGUGAACGUUUUAAAAUUAUUUAAAUUCACACUUGUGACUACAGUCUGUAGUAAAUAGCUGCGUGGAUUUGAGAGGACAACAGAUGAUCCUCCUUUUAAAAUUUUUAAAGUAAUUUUUAAAGACAUUUUAGACCUGUUGUUGUUUGUCAUUAUUGUUCCAGUAAGGAUUAUUUGUAUAGGAUUAAACAUUUGGAGUGUAUCCUGAAAAUUAGUUUUUUUGUUCGUGUGUAUACAGUAAAUGUUUGUAUUUUGCAGUUUAUCCGUUUUGCAUUUUAGAUAAAGAAAAUGUAUAUUGAUA